UUUUUGUUUCAACCCAAAACAGCAACGAAGAAAAACAAGAGCUAUCUGUCAAAGCAGCAGAAAUGUCAACAGAUCGCCUUCUUCUAAAAUAUAAAAACGUUUACGGUUCAGAAUCAAUGUGAACCUUUCCCGGUGGUUUCAUCAGUGGAAGCACAGAUCCAAAGGCUGACCAUGGCCACCCAUCCAGCACCGCUGCCCUUGAGGGAGUUCUGCCCCCUCUACUACCUUCUCAAUGCCAUCCCUGCUAAAGUCCAGAAAGGUUUCCGUUCGGUCCCGGUCUACUUGACCGCAUUGGACAGCAACAGUGAUUAUAUAGCCAUUGGCAGCAGCAUUGGCAUGCUGUACCUUUACUGCAGGAGAGUAAACCAGAUGAACAAAUACAAUAUAGAGGGAAAAUGUGAGGCCAUUACUGCAGUGAAAUUGCUGAAUUGUUUCGAUGAUCUUGUGGCUGUUGGGACAGCAUCAGGCCGGGUCGCUUUCUAUCAGCUUGUGUCACCAUUGCCUGGUAGAAAUAAACAGCUGAGAAGAUUUGAUGUUGUGGGCUUGCACAAAAGCACAGUUACUGCAUUAGCAUGGAGUGCUAAUGGCAUGAAGCUCUUCUCUGGUGAUGAUAAAGGGAGGGUGGUUUAUUCUUCUGUGGACUUGGAUCAAGGAGUGUGUAAUCCAGUGGUCCUCUUUGAGGAGCCUUCAGCAAUAGUUCAGUUGGAAUAUAGUCAGAAGGUACUUUUGGUUUCGUCCCAUCAGCGCUCAGUGCUCUUCUACACGCAAGAGCAGUCGCAUCAUCAGCUGGGCACUAAACCACGUAAAAGUAAUGGCAAGUUUGGUGCCUGCUUCCAACCAGCUCUGUGCAAGCAGAGCGAUCUGGUUGUUUACGCAGCCAGGCCCGGGUUGCGUCUGUGGAGGACGGAUGUGCGGGGACGUGUUGGAGAGACCCACGUCCUAAAGCCACUUUUUAAUCAGGAUAUACCUAAGUUUGAGCUGUUCCCACGUUCAGGCUCCAACGGUGGCUGCAGACCUUCAGAAAGACAGUUGGGAAUAGUCAGCUGCUUCCUGAAGGAGGGCUGGGUCCUCAGCUGGAACGAAUAUAGUGUUUAUGUUGUGGACUGUACCAAUCAAGUCAUCAUUGGAGGAUUGGAAAGCAGUGGAGAUAUAGUGUCUGUGUCAUGCACUGAGAAUGAAAUCUUCAUUCUGAAAGGAGAUCGGGACAUUUUGCGGAUCUCAGAUUGCCCUGAGGGAUUGGUUUCCAACUUAUUAGACCACUCCUACCAUUUUACAUCUCCUCUUUCCACACCCACUAUAUUACUGCCUCCUAAUGGUGCCGUGGAAAUGGCUCAGCCAAUCAGGACCAUGCCCAUUAUUACAGAGCAGGAGACUCAAGCCAGUCCUAACUCAGAGGAGGUGCACGAUGGGGUUGAGGAGUCAGAGGAGGUGCAGGAGGAGCAGCAUCCUCAGGAAUUCAGUCAUGUGGUAGAGGCUCUGGAGGUGGCAGAGGACUUGGAGCAGCAGCGGGCCAGUUUGGGUACAAUGGAGUCCCACAGCCGCAGCAGCUCAGUCACCUCAUGGGAGAGUGCGCAGGGCAUGUUUACCAACACAGAGGCCUCCACCUCAGAGCUCUCCUCUAGCCGAUACAGCCCCAUCACCCAAGAAGAUUUCCAACAGGAGCUGGUGGUCAAGGCCAUCAAGUUGAAGAAGAAAGGCAAGAGAAGACGGCAGGAGAGUGGGACCUGUGUCAACGAGCGCAGCAGCUGGUCAGAGAGCAUUUUCAGCCAGGACAGUGCAGGCAGUGACGUUCUAAACACGCCCAUGAGUGAGCCUCCUUCUGACCACACCAGCCUCCUGUGCAGCAGCCUCGACCUGCACAGUGCCGGAUCACCUGACCAGGAUGGUUCCGUCUGUGGAGAAUCCCACAAUUCAAAUGCCUUUACCAUUCAGAGCCCAUCAGAGCCCUUACAGAGUGAAGAGCCUCUUCAGGAUCCAGUUAACCAAACAGCAGAGGCCUUACCGGCUUGCCCUACAUCACUGUCACUACAAGACAUGGAGUGUCAAGUGUACAGUGAAAACGUGUUUGCAGAAAACAAGCAAAUUGCAGCUACGCCUGAUGUGGACAUGCUGCUGGAAUGUACCUUCUCAUACAUGCAGGCAGCUGAUGAGCAGGACAUCAUGAAGGAAUAUGUGAAGGAGAACAAAGACACCCUGAAGGAUUCAGAAGAAGAUUUUAAACAUAGUUUACAUGGAGACUUUAAUUUGGAUUUAUCUUAUGAUCCCAUUAGGCCGCUGGGUUACUCCCCGGAACCUGAGCCAACACCAUCUAGUGACGAGGAGGACAUCUAUGCACAUGGAGUGCCAUCAAGUGCUAGUCUGGGGGACGGACUGAACGCCCUGAGCUUGCAGAGCUUAUCUGAUAAGCAGAAGGAGGACGAAGAGACGCAGCACCUCAAAGCUGACCAGUUGGCUGAAAGUUGGAUGGGCUACACUGGGCCUGGCUGUGGCAUCCUCAGUCUAGUAGUAACGGACAGACAUAUCUGGUGUCUUGACUUUAAAGGAGGCCUUUUCUGUAGUGGUCUUCCUAAUGGUAGCUUGAGCUGGCAGAAGUUUGAGGAAAAUGUCCAUCAGGUGGCGCUGUCCCCAUCAGGCUCAUUGCUGUGGAAGGUGGAACAGAAGACCAUGACUGCUUACGCCUGCGGGAAAGUCACCAUCAAGGGGAAGAGACACUGGUACAAAGCCCUGGACGACACAGCGUUUGUGGCACUUGGUGAUGACACAGCCUGGAUGAUUUGCACUAAUGGAGAACUGUACCUACAGACAGGGCUGUGUGUGGACAGGCCAUGUGCGCGGUCAGUGAAGGUGGACUGUCCAUGCCCCAUGGCACAGAUAGCAGCACGUGGCAUUGUGGUGUGGGCACUGAGUGAGCAGAGGGGUGUGUUUUACAGAGAGGGUCUCAGCAGCUACUGUGCAGAGGGAGAGCACUGGAAGUAUGACACCGUCAGUGAGAGCCAAGGUCUUGAACCCAUCUGUAUUGCUCUGGGUGAGAAUAACACAGUCUGGGCACUGGAUACUAGUGGCAACUUAUGGUUCAGAACAGGGGUCACGGCUAAAAAUCCCCAGGGUGAAGAUGACCACUGGUGGCAGGUUAGCAUCACAGACUAUGUGGUGUUUGAUCAAGGCAGUCUUUUCCAGACUCUGAUCCAGGCCACACAGACUGUCGCCACAGCCACCAGAGCUCCGGUUGAGCGGGUUGCUGAACGUCUGCGCGUGGCCUUCCUUUCCCAGCACUCCCAGGGCCAGCCUAGCCUCAUCAGUGUCAGCACCAGUGGCGUGUGGAUUGCUUCUGGACGCAACGAGUUUCACGUUGCCAAAGGCAGCCUCAUCGGGACAUUUUGGAAGAGUAUUGUACCCAGAGGAACAGCAUCUGCCACAAAAUGGGUCUUUGUGUUCUCCUCUGCUGUUCCAGCUAAAGAGGGGAGUUUCCUAUGGUUAGGCCAGAGCAGGAAAGAACUGUUCUGUAUCUGGGACCAAGACCUCCAGAUGCGGCCCUUCACCAUACAGUUUCCCCCAGACGUAGAGAUGGUGCAGCUCUCUGCCUGUCGUGAUGCUCUGUGGGGUUUAGAUCACUACGGCCGCCGGGUCCACAUCCGCACUUUAUCAGCCAGUUGUUCCACAGGAAUGCACUGGACAUUACUGGACCUUAGCCAGCUUGGUGAGAGAAUUUUCUUUCCAUUGACAAUAGCUUUAUCAGUGGAUCACAUGCUGGCUAAAUUUAAACUCUUGUAAUGUGAGAACACCAAA